AUGAAGUUACUUCUCUUUUGUCUCUUUUUGGGAUCGGUGCUAGGUGAUUUAUCAGUCGAAUGGGAAAAGUUCAAACGUGAUUAUAACAAGAAGUAUGCUUCUGUAGCCGAAGAACUUGAACGCAAACAGAUAUUCAUCGAUAAUGUUAACAAAAUGCGAAACCAUCAACAAACUUAUCCUGAUGCGACGUUCACCAUGGGAGUCAACCAUUUAACUGAUCGACGCAUUCAAGAACUUGUCUCGGGCAAAAUAUUUUCUUCCAAACGUCAGCCAACACCAUUUCAAAAAACGGUUGAUGUCAAAGACUUCCCUGACUCACUCGACUGGCGUGUCAAAGGUGUGGUGUCACCAGCACGCGAUCAAGGUAUGGUUGGAGAAAUUGAGAGCGCAAUCGUCAGUACUGAAGUCAUAGAAACGUUUCAUGCGAUCGAAACGAAAAAACUGAUCGAGGGAAGUGUCUCUCGAGUAUAUGAUUGUUGUCCUUCGGAAACCAGUGAUAUUUUUGAAUGCAUACAGAAAUUGGGCGGUAUCUGUUCGAAUAGUGCUUAUCCAACUCAAUUGAAUACCUGCGAGCCAAAUAAAUGUCAACCAUUUGCGACCGUAUGUAUCGUAUAGAUCCAAUUUUCAUGUUGCAUGUCUCUUCGAUAUUUGCAGUUCG